GCACUUUUCCAACACCAACUCGCCUUUGACAACACAAGUGACACACAAAAACAACCAGCCCUUCACGGACAGUCCUGUGCCUCGCAUUACGACGCUCGUCACACAUCAGGGACAUCUCCAAUCAUGUCGGCCCAACCUCAACCAGCUGCGUCGCCCGUCGUCCACGGCAUCGACACGACCGCCCAGACGCAGUGCGCGCACUGGCACUCGCCGCGCGACGUCAUUGCGAUCCGGCACAGGUGCUGCGGCGAGUACUACGCCUGCAUCAGUUGCCACGAGGCCCUCGCGACACAUGCCCCCGAGGUCUGGCCCAAGAGCGAGUGGCACACGGCCAAGGCUGUGCUCUGUGGGAAAUGCCGCACAGAGCUGACCAUUGCCCAGUACCUGGCCUGCGAGAGCACCUGUCCUCACUGCCGGGCGGCAUUCAACCCGGGCUGCGCAAGGCACUACGACUUGUAUUUUGAGAAGCAGACGGAUUCGGACAAUACGGUCACAGAUGGCAACAAAGCAUGAACGGGGCAGGGCUGCAAAAAUAACCCAAACUCAUUCCUACGUGCUUUUCGUCCGACGAGUCAUCUCGGCAUUCAUUCGUGCGACCGACGGCCAGCGGCGAUUCUGUCAAUCACGUAUCACCAGGCCCGCGUGUUCGCGGUGUGGCCUGGCUUCCUGUUCUCGUCUGCGCCCUUUCUCGCU